AUGUAUGAACCAUUGUCACUUGCUGAAGUUGCCAAGCACAACGCCCGUAGUUCAUGCUGGGUCAUUAUCAACAACAAGGUCUAUGAUGUUACCGAGUUUCUACCCGCGCACCCAGGAGGCUCGAAGAUAAUCUUGAAGUACGCCGGACGCGACGCUACUGCCGCGUACGAGCCAAUUCAUCCUCCAGAUGCCUUGGAAAAGAACCUCCCGAAGGAUAAACACCUUGGCGUGCUGGACACUGCUGGAGCCCAGGAGCUGAAGGAGGAGCGAGAGUCCCGGCGGAAGACCAAAGAUGAACUGCGCAUGGAGGAGGCGGAGGCAGUGAAGCCCCCACUCAGCAGAGUCAUGAACCUGCUCGACAUGGAGAACGUUGCGCGGAAGGUCCUCGCGUACAAGGCGUUGGCGUACUACUCGUCUGCUUCAGACGAUGAACUCACGCACAAGGAGAACAUUCGGUCUUUCACUCGAUUCUUCUUCAACCCGCGCAUCCUCAAGCCAGUUUCAAAAUGUGACCCGUCCACGACCAUCCUCGGUUUCAAGUCUUCGCUGCCUAUCUAUGCAUCCGGUGCCGCUCUGGCCAAGCUCGGUCAUCCUCUCGGUGAAGCGAAUAUCACCCGCGGCGCUGGACGCACUGGCAUCAUCCAGAUGGUAUCCUACAACGCAUCCCUGUCCUUCGCCCAGAUCGCUGCGGCGCGUCUCAGCCAGGACCAGCCCAUAUUCUGGCAGCUCUACAAGAACAAGGACGACAAGAUUGCCGAGGCGCGCAUACGGGAGAUCGAACAGCUGGGAUACAAAGCGAUAUGUCUGACCGUCGAUGCGGUCGUCGCCGGUAAUCGCGAGCGUGACAUCAAGGCGCCUUUCGAGCUGGAGGAGCUCGAGAGGGAGGCGGCGGGGGUGCCGAAGGACAGAGGUAAAGCAGAGAGCGCGCAGAAGCCUGAAGAGCAUGCAGAUGAAGCCGGAACCGCUGGUAUGUUGUUGAAGAACGACGAUGUCGACUUGUCAUGGGACAGGACUAUUCCCUGGUUGCGCCGAACCACGAAGCUCCCAAUUGUUCUGAAAGGCAUCCAGUGCGUCGAGGACGCGGUGCUCGCUGCCGAGGCUGGCCUUGAUGGUAUCGUGAUCUCCAACCAUGGUGGUCGGCAGCUUGAAUAUGCCUUGCCUCCGAUGGAAGUCCUGUACCGCCUACGCAAACAACGCCCAGACGUGUUCGACAAGCUAGAAGUAUACGUUGACGGUGGCGUGUAUCGAGGAACGGAUGUUUUGAAGGCACUAUGUCUUGGAGCUAAAGCAGUAGGCCUGGGGCGAGCGUUUAUGUAUGCACAGAGUGCGUAUGGGGAGGAAGGUGUUAUCCACACAGUGCGCAUCUUGGAGCGCGAGAUUCUUACUGGAAUGCGGCUGAUGGGAGCAACAAACGUGGGUGAAUUGGUUCCCGAGAUGGUCGAGCGCGUCGACUGGCAGCCUGUGUCCAAGUUAUAA